GCGAGGGAGCGCAACUAUCACAGUUCAAGCCGACGCAUACUGUCUUCUGCUGGAUGAGAAGCAAACGCCAUGUCAAGAAACUUGCCUGCGCCGGCGAACACUGCAGCUGGACCGUCAACUAUUGCCGCGUCUCCGUUCCCAGAGGACCCACGCGUCUCAUUCGACCGGAUCUCGGGCAAAUGGCAAUGCGAACCUCUGGCAGGCACGGAUGAUCCGCUACUUGAAUGGGAUCCAGAUCUGCAAAAAUGGCAGCUCGUAAUCGACGAAGAGCUCGUUCGAGUACAGCAGGCGGCCUAUAGCAUCGCGGGGGUCGACGAAGAUGCACCUGCUGAGCCUGCUCACAAACGUCUACAGAAACGCGGGGGCAGCGCCGGUGCUGAUGACAAUGCGAAAGUGUCUGCUAAGAGCAACAAGCGGCAAAGAAUGGAAAAUAGUGGACAGAGCGCUGUGCCUUCAACUUCGAUAGCCGCCCAGCAGGCGCAACUUCCGCCAGGCAAGUCUGCAACGUCCAUCUACGUCACCAAUCUCCCGCUCGACGCUACCAGGGAGGAAAUCGCGGAAGUCUUCGGCCGCUAUGGUGUUCUACUUGAAGACGAACCCGGCCAACCACGUAUCAAGUUGUACUAUCAACAUCCGGAUGCAGAGACGGAAGAAGGCAAGAUGUUCAAGGGCGAAGCGCUGGUGACGUACUUUAAACCCGAGAGUGUUGAGCUCGCUAUCACGGUGCUGGACGAAACAUGCUUGCGCGCUCGCUUAGGGAGAACCAAGCCGCUCAUGCGCGUAAAAAGGGCCGAAUUUGGCAAAGGCGGCGAGAAAAAAGGGGGAAGCCAGAACGAUACGCUUCAAGCAUCCUCUUCCACAACGGUAGAGGGCAAGGGUGUGAACGGAGCAGCGGCGACUCAAAGCGGACGAAAGCAGUUGACAGAGCAGGAAAAGAGGAAGAUUCAGAAAAGGAAUGCCAGGCUAAAUGACAAACUCAACGACUGGGAUUCGGACGAAGACUCUCCCUUCAAUGCUGUCGCCGUCAAAGCUCCCAACGCACCAAGUCACCCAAGCGCUGCAACAGAACUUCUUUCUGCCGCAUCAUCGGGCGAAAUGGGGGAUCCAUUCGGCUCGUCCGCCAUGCACCCCGCCUUCGCCGCCUCCAACUCUCGCACCGUCGUCCUCAAACACAUGUUCACGCUCGACGAGUUGGGCGAGGAUCCAAGUUUGCUGCUGGAUCUCAAGGAUGACGUGCGGCAAGAAUGCGAGAAUUGCACGGGAGGCGGAGAGGUGACGAAUGUCAUCUUGUAUGACAAGGAGGAGGACGGUAUCAUGAGUGUGCGAUUCAAAGAUGUUGAAAGUGCAAGAAAAUGUGUCAUGAAAAUGAAUGGCCGAUGGUUCGCUUCAAGACGAAUUGAGGCAUACCUCGCGCAAGGCAGGCCAAAGUUCCGGCGUUCCGGUGUAGGAGACGAUGAUGAGGAGGAACGCGAAAAAGCCUUUGGCGAUUGGCUCGAAAAGGGUGGGGGCGAAGACUGAAGAAGCACAAUUAUUCCGAUACAGGUCAAUCAUUUCUUCGCAUGACAUCUGUAUCAUCACAUCUUGAGCAUGGAUGCAUCCUUAGGGGAUCCUAAAUAGGC